ACUCAAAUGUAUUAUAUGAAGAGAUCUUCGCCUCUCAUUCAGUUUGCACUUGCUGAGGAAGGUAAAGCAAGAUACGAAAAGGCAAGCUUUAAAGUAAUUGAUAUGGAUGAUUAUGCCGCCACUGAUGAAGAAUAUGAGGAGAAAUUGAAGAAAGAAACUGUGGCAUUUUUCUUUUUAGCUACAUAUGGAGAUGGUGAGCCAACUGACAAUUCUGCAAGGUUCUAUAAAUGGUUUUCAGAGGUAAAUUUUGAUUAAUUUCUAAUUUUUCUUGUUACUAUGGUU